AUGCUUACAAACCUUCAUCUCCCCAGACGACUAUCAACGAGAACCCUCAGCACUUUCCUCGCAGCAUGCAUCGUCUCAAGUGCCUUGAUCUUCACUCUGCUAUCUAUCUUGACAAGUGACGGCAGCGAUAAGAUCAACGAAGCAAGACGCUCCUACCAAUAUGGCAUUUCUCAUGGCAUUGCCAGAACCCAGCGAAUCGGCAAGUCCACCGCCAAUGCAGACGACUUCUGCGCCAAACACCCAAAUCUCGACACCAUCGCCGUAGUGGUCAAGACUGGAGCAACAGCAAUCCACGAGAGAUUGCCCACACAACUUUCGACUGCGCUUCGAUGUGUCCAAGAUCCACUCAUUUUCUCGGAUCUCGAAGCCAGCUUAGGAGAUUUACAUGUCCACGAUGUACUGUCCAACUUCACGUCCAGUGUCGCUGAGAGCAAUGCAGAUUUCGACAUCUAUCGUAUGCAGCGGGAGUACCUUGCUCAAGGCAAGACGAAUGAGAUCCCUCGACUUCGCGAUCUAGCUAUGUCGACCAAGGACUGGAGAACCCAAGGCAAGAGCGCAGCUUGGGCGCUUGACAAAUACAAGUUUCUUCACAUGGUUGAGCGUUCGUGGCAGCUUCAGCCUGGGCGGAAAUGGUACUUAUUUCUAGAGGCAGACACCUACUUGAGCUGGCCGACGUUCCUACAAUGGCUCAAAGUUCUGGAUUCGACGCAACGAGUAUACAUCGGCUCUCCUGUGCUGAUGUACGAGCAUGAUCCACGGAUCUAUUUCGCUCACGGCGGAGCUGGAAUCGUGCUUUCUGGCGCAACUGUCCGUGCAUUUUCCGAAAGGCAAGGUCUUGCGAACCGAUGGGACUCUCGAAUCGAGAAAAUGUGGUUUGGGGACUUCGUACUUGCAGACGCUCUGCAUGAAGAACUGCGUCUCAGGGUCAGUAAUGCAUCUCUGGCCAUGAGUCCCGACGAUCCAUCUGCCAUCUCUUUUCAACCCAAGCUUUUGUGCCAGCCUAUAAUCACCAUCCACCACAUGACUUCACAACAGUUAGAUCAAUUGUGGCAAUUCGAGCGGGAGAAGGCCGAUGCCGUUCUCACCUACGAAGACAUGUACCUCGCAAUGUUUCCACACGGUAUGCCUUCCAAGGAGAAGAGCAAUUGGGACAACGGCGCGGAUAGUGAAGUAUACUCACUGCCUCUACCGAACAACGAACCUAGCGCUGACGGCUGCGAGAAGGCCUGCCAGCAGAACUUGGAAUGUUUGUCUUUCGUCUGGACAUCUACAAGAUCCGAAAAGCGCUGCCAUCUUAGCCGAGCUUUCAGAUACGGUCGCGAAAGGACUGAAGGUGCCGAUUCGGAAAACUCGUGGCAAAGCGGAUGGAUGUCCGACAGAAUAGCCAAGGUGGUCAAGGAAGUCAAAUGUGCACCAGAUCAUGAGAUAUCCUGGCCUUCGUACGAGCUGAGACCUCCAUCUUAA